AUGAGUGAAAAUUUGAAGGAAAGAGUGAAUGCUUUAGGAGAGCUUCUCAAAAUUGGUGGGGCUGAGGUGGGUAGGAAGAUGAGUGCUGGCAUGAGUUCUAUGAGCUUCAAGGUGAAGGAGUUUUUCCAUGAUUCAAGGCAGGUUGAUAAACUAGUUGGUGAUGCUACCUCUGAGGCACUUGAUGAGCCUGAUUGGGCUAUCAUUCUUCAUCUAUGUGACUUGAUCAAUGCUGAUAAACUUAGUGCUGCUGAAUUGGUACGUGCAAUAAAGAAAAGGGUUGUCACCAAGAGUCCUAGAGGUCAGCUUCUGGCUUUGGUUUUGCUCGAAGCAUUGGUUAAGAAUUGUGACAAGGCUUUCUUGGAGGUGGCAACUGAGAGAGUGCUUGAUGAGAUGGUCAAGCUUAUUGAUGAUCCUCAUACUUUUGUCAAUAACCGGAACAAGGCUUUGAUGAUGAUUGAGGCAUGGGGAGAGUCAACCACUCAGCUUCGCUAUUUGCCUGUUUAUGCAGAAACUUACAAGAGUUUGAAAUCAAGGGGUAUUCGUUUCCCUGUUCGUGACAAUGAAAGCUUGGCUCCUAUUUUUACUCCCCCUUGUUCUGCUUCGGCUCCAGAGGCUGAGGUGACUCUAGCACAUCUUAUUCAGCAUGGUAUUCUGAUGCAAAGGCUUACACCUGAACGAACAAAGCAAGUUUUUGACGUUGCAAGAAAUAGCAUUGAGCUUCUCUGUACUGUGUUAUCUUCUUCAAUGCAACAAGAUGUUUCGAAGGAUGAAUUGACAAUCACACUAGUGCAACAGUGCCGUGCGUCCCAGUCUAGUGUCCACAGAAUAAUUGACACUGCUGGAGAUAAUGAAGCAGUGCUUUUUGAGGCCUUGAAUGUGAAUGAUGAGAUUCAGAAGAUUCUCUCCAAAUAUGAAGAGUUAAAGGAGAAGAAUAAGAAGAAGAGUGCAUUUGAACCUAAACCGGCUAUGAUACCUGUUUCUAUUGAGCCUGAUGAGUCACCCCAUUUUCCAACAGAGGAUGCCUUGAUUAGAAGACCAGCUAGUUCAAGAGUUAGAGUUCAUGGAGGGAGCCAUGAUGAAAUGAUGGAUGAUCUUGAUGAGAUGAUUUUUGGUAAAAAGGGUGGGGAUCCUUUUCAAGAUCCAAAGAAACAACAAACAUCAAAAGAUUAUGAUCUCAUCUCCUUCUAA